AUGGAAGCAGGCAGGCCCUCCGAGGAGAAUGUGGAUCCCAGGCCGGUCCAGGACCAGCAGGUCCAGCACCCGCCCCACCGGAAAUGCCCCCGCUGCGACUCUAACAAUACUAAGUUUUGUUAUUACAAUAACUACAGCCACGCGCAGCCGCGCUACUUCUGUAAGACCUGCCGGAGGUACUGGACUCACGGCGGCACGCUGAGGAACGUCCCCGUCGGCGGCGGCUGCCGGAAGAACAAGAGGAACAAGACAGCGCUGGCAAUUAAUGCGGCGGCGGCGGCGAAUGAGAUCGCCGCCGUGGGGCAGCAGCAGAGGAUGCCGCCGAUGAUUGAUCCGGCGGCGAGGAAUUUCGCCGGCGGGAGAUUCGCCGCCGUGGGGCUGAGGCCGGUGAUUCCUCCGAUGGGGAAUUUUUUGUAUUCUGCUGCAGGUGGGAUUAAUUCGCUCAAUCUCGGCGGCGGCGGAGCAGGCCAGUUUGGGAGCAAUUUCUUGAGCCAUCCGGCGGUGAAGCCUCACGUGGAGGCGGCGGCGGCGGCGGCGCGUCUGUUGCAGGCACCUGGUGGCGGCGGUUUUCAGGCGAGAGGAUCGAAUUCUUGGGCAGCGCGUGGCGGGCCGGGUAAUUCCUCCGGCGGCGUUUAUUGGGGAUGCGGCGGAGAUGGGGCGGCGGCGGCAGAAGAGAAUCAGUCCGGGAUGAAUCCUUCCCAGUGA